CACCUUUAAAAAAAUUACAAAAAUAGCACCCAGCCGAAAAUAUUUACAAAAAUAGCACUCUUUUUUUAAAACCGCACCUCCAAGGUGCGUUUUGUGCGGUUUAUGAUUCUGGGACAAACCGCAUCUUGGCCAUGUGGUUUGUGUGUCUGACCUAAUUAAAUCGCAUGGCCUAGAUGCGGUCUUGUGCUGAUCUAGCAAAACCGCACUUUGGGGAUGCGGUUUUGCUUCUCCAAAACAAAUCGCACCCUCAAAGUGCGGUUUUGGCAACACAAACCACACCCCUCCAAUGCGGUUUGCGUGUCAAUUAUUUUUCGGCACCAAACAUAUAGCCAUGCAGAUUGACAGACGUGGGGCUGCAUGGCAGAUGAAAACCACACCUCUAAGAUGCGGUUUUCAUUAGUGAUUUUGCCUAUAAAAGACAGCCCUAGAAACCUCUUCUCUUCUCACCUCUCCUUCUCCCUUUUGAAUUUUCUGUUGUAGCUCUAUAUUUUUUUAGUGUUUUUGCGAUUAACGUUAACUCGUAAGUUUAUUUUGUAUUACUUUUUAUUGUGAUUUGUGAUUUGUGAUUUUUAUGAUAUUAACUGAACUACGGUUUUUUUUUUUUUGCAGAUGGCAUUCCAAAAGUUCAUGCUUGGCUUACGGUGGAAUGGUUACAUGGAAGAGAUCGGAAAGGGGGUCACCUACGUCGGUGGCAAUUUUCAGAAAAUAAAGGUCGCUACCAGACCGAUGCUUGAAGACCUCCAUCAAAUGUGCACUAACGUUACUUGCAUGGAUGGCACGAGAAGAGUUGAUCGUAUGGUGUACCGAUAUCCAAACAGAGAAAGUGGGUCAUUGUGGCACGAGGAAUAUCUCAUAACCACUCAGGAUUAGGGAUGGCAAUGGGUCGGGUUGGGUCGGGUUUUGCCAAACCCAAACCCAUAGGUUUAUCCGUAAAAAAAACCCGGGGGUAAAAUCCACUGGGUUUGAAAAACUCAAACCCAACCCAACCCGCUGGGUAUCCGCGGGUUCAUGGGUACCCACGGGUUUUUGUCGUAAAAAUUUUACAAUAACAUGUUCCUAUCAAAAUUAAAGUCAAAUAUCAAUCUCUCAAUACAAAUUAUCCAUAUUUAAAACACUAUUCUAGAAAAUUCAAGCAAAUCACAAAUUAACUAUACAAAUUGUUCAACGCAAUCUAGAAAACUCAAGAAAAUUGAAGUAAAUCAUAAAUUAUCCAUAAAUAACAUAUUAAUUGAAGGCUUCUUCUUUUCAAUUAAGUUUCUUCACUCUCCACUCGAUAACACAAACUUCAUUCUACACAAUUAGAAAGAAAAAAUUAGACAUGUCUCCACAAACAUAAAUAAGAUUAGUUGUUUAAAAUAUUAAAUAUACCGAGAAAAUUAAUUAUAUGUGUGGGCGGGUACCCACGGGUCGGGUUUACCUAAACCCAAAUCCAACCCAACCCGGUGAUUAGUGAACGGGUUUAAACCCAAACCCAACCCAAAACCCGUCAACACGGAUUUUACCUGCGUUGACCGGGUUGGGUCGGGUGGGUACCCGUGGGUUCGGGUUUGGUUGCCAUCCCUACUCAGGAUGAAGUAGAUUUCAUGCUCGAAUUCUUGAGGUCCAACAAUCUUUCCAAAGCCGAGAUGUUCGUUUACACCGAGGCGGCCGUUGGCGUUGGAGGUCAUUCUGGACACGGUCAAACAUCUGGUAUCCAUGGUGGAGGUGAAUUAUAUGGCGAUCAUCCCUACCAAAGUUACCAUGAUUUUCAUUCCUAUUUUCAGUACCAAGAGCAAGGUGAAGGUCAUCAUCAAUCUUUCCCGUCAUAUGAAGAAGAAGUUCAAUCGGACCUCCCCAACCAACCUCAGUACAACUUCCAAUCAGGCAGCGGUAGUUUUCACAACUACCAUUAUGGAGCUGAUGAAGGUGCCUUCCAUGAGAUGGAUCAGAUGGAAGCUGCCCUGCCAGCACCAGUUAGUGACCCCUCCGAUGAAGAAGGAGAGAACAACGUCAGUGCAGACAGCUCCGACCCUCUUGAAGGUGCUGAUGAUUCAGGACCAGAGUCAGAGUCAGAUAAUGAUGAUAAGGUGGCUCGUGACCGUGUACCAGUCCCCUACUACAAUCACAUUCCAGACAACAAUUGGAUGGUCGACAGCGACAUGGAGCCGGCAGAGGUCCCAGUAUGGGGUCCACUCACUGGGUUUAAGAAGGGCCAACAAUUUGGCUCGAAGAAGGAGGUGCGGCACACCAUUGAUACUGAAGCAAUGACUCGGCAUUUUGAAUGGCACACAUUUCAUUCCAACACUAAAAGGCUCAUAGUCAGAUGCCGUAAUCAUCACGAGGGGUGCAAUGUUAGGAUCCGGGCUAUCAAUAGCAAGAGACACGACCACUAGGAGGACGAACCUGACAAUAAUCUCUAAUCGGCACGCCGACAUUAGAGCUGCCAUCUUAGGUUUGGAUCCAGCCUGGAAGUGGUCCCAAAGGUUGAUACACCCCUGGGGGGUGUAUAUUAUCAAAGUCACGCAACUAACGACUCAAUCGAAGAAUCGAUUGAGCUUGAAUCAAGAACAAAGCGUUCUUAAUACGAACUUGGAUAAAACGGAACCAAAAGGACAAAUCCACACCUGGGGAUAGCUCGAUUGGUAUAAAAGGGUAGUUGCUCGACCAUGAUUGAAGUGACUAUUCAAUCGAUACACAAGCUCAGCAAGUUUGGAAUCCACCAAACCCUAAACAAGUUCGCAAACUUGCAAAACCAAACGGUUUCUUUUCUAUUCAAUCAACUCUCAGUUUUACAACGAAAUACAAAGGUUAAAUAGGCCUAGCUACAGUUACACACGUCCCAUAAACUCCUAAUUACAGUCUAAUACGAAAAGGAAUAAAAAACUACCAAAACAAUGAAAUCCUAACUAAACAAGAAAAAGAAAUCUGCCUUUAGCUCCAAGUAACCAAACAGCUUUGAUGCCAUUUUUGAGCCUCUCGAUCAAAGCCUUCCAGGUAAGCUUCCAAUCAUCCAAUGCCAUGUCUUUGUAGUAGAACAUACCCACUUUCAUGUGGUAUAAACUUAUGGACUCGAAUCUCAUCCAUGCUUCUGGAAUGGAGCUCCAAAGUAGGCUUCUUGAACACAGUUUCUGCCUUAACCAAAUUCUGGCAGUUUUCCAGUUUUGAGAUAGCAACUUUGAGGCCUUGGAAAACAACCUUAAUGACAUCAUCUGGAUCCACAAAGCAUACCAUUGGAAAGAUGAAAAAUUUAUCGGCAAAACAAACCCUUGAACUUGAAUUUCCACUAAACCAAUUUAGAGAACUGUCUCCAAAGUAUGUACCCUGAACACGGAUUUUGACUUAGCCAAAUUCUGCCCUUCUUCUUCCCAACUUUGAUAGCUUCUUCGUCAAGUAAUUUAAACGUGUAUAGUUGACCAUUUGGGAUCAUAUCAAAGGUGGUGCAUACGAAACUUCAAGAGCAACUGGAACCAUCAUUUCAAGCGGAGGAAGCUUGCUGAUAAUUUGUGGUGGAUUGGUAAGCUCUCUAUUGGCCGUUUAAUUUUGUCAGCUAACAAUAUCUUGUAGACGCGGUAAAUGGUGCACUUGUUAGACUCUUUCUAAAGAGAUGCAUGCCUCAGGAAAUGGGGUUUUAAGCGAUUAUCAUGAUCCUCCCAUUUUCUGGGAAAAUCGGGUUUUAAGCGAUCUUUGGAUCCCCCCUUUUGCUGUCAAACAGGCUGUGUUUCUAAGGAGAUUUAUACCUCUCCUAAGAUUCUAACGAGAGUACCUCCGGGUUGUUCGAAUUGUACUAAACUGCCGAAUUAUGACUAACGUACUACUUUUCUGUGUGUUUCUCAGCUGUUGCCUACCAAGAGAAAAUUAUGAUUUUUUACGUGGUCCAUUAUCAAUUGCCACCAUAAAUUUUAACUUGGAUUUAAAAAAUUAUGAUUUUUUUUUUGUGAGACGGUUUAGUGAUUUAUUAGAAUUUCUUGUCAUGAUAUGAAUUUGAAAUUUUUUAUGAUUAAUGAUAUUUUCAUUCUUAAAUUAAUGUAAUAUGCAAGUCUUGUAUGUUAUAUAUCAUGAACGGUUCUAUCAACGGUUUUGUUACGGUUAACCAGUGAACUCUAAAUCACUAAAUUUUUCGGUACAACCUCUGGUCCAGUUCUGAAAACAAAUGUUAUUUUAGUAAAUCAAUAUUGAUACAAUCAAUCAUAAACUUCAACAUCAAUUAUUCCUCUUCAUUUUCUUGUUCAUAAGGGUGCCAACCAUUACAUGAGUUUUAUUAUCUUAGGAAGAUAGUAAAGCAGACUAAUAUGU